AUGAUACUUAAAAAUGAAAACAGUACAAUUGAACAAUUGCAUUCUAAAUUGAUAAAUAAACAUGCUGCAGAUGAAUUAUUAGAAAUAUCAAAUUCAAGUGAUGUUAGCGAUGAAACAUUUUCGCAACCAAAUAAUCUACUUGCGUUUCAAGAAAAUUUUGUUUCAAGUGAUGUUUAUGAGAAAACAAAUGUAUCUCAAAGUAAUUUUGUAAUUAAAAAUGAAAACAUUAAAAUUUCCGAACAACUUCAUUCAGUGUUAAUUAUUAAAAAUGAUGUUAGUGAUAAAAUAUCAGAAGAAUUUAAUUCGAGUGUUAGUGAAUUGGGAAUACUUAGGCAACAAACCAAUAUACUUGAAUGUGAACGAAAUUAUAGUACAGACGAUACGGGAGAAAAAGAUAUUGCGUGUGAUGAAAAAUUUAAUGAUGCAAAUAACUCAACGAUCGUUAAAAAUGAAAGUAUUGAACAACUGCAUACAGAGUUAAUUAUUAAAGAUGAUGCUGAAGAGGGUACUAGUGAAAGUGAAAUAUUAGAAGAAAAUAAUUCGAGUGAUGAUGAAAUGGAAAUAUUUGGGCAACAAACCCAUAUACUUGAAUGUGAUGAAAAAUUUAAUGAUGCACAUAACUCAACGAUCGUUAAAAAUGAAAGUAUUGAACAACUGCAUACAGAGCUAAUUAUUAAAGAUGAUGCUGAAGAGGGUACUAGUGAAAGUGAAAUAUUAGAAGAUUCAAGUGAUGUUGGCUAUGAAACAUAUUUGCAACAAAAUGAUUUACUUGAAAAUAGAGUUGGUGAUCAUACUCGAGAAAAUACAGCAGAAGAAUAUUUUCCAUCUAAACAUAAAGUUAUUCACAUUGACGAAAGGCCAUAUUCAUGUGAUGUUUGUGAUAAAUCAUUUAAAACGAAACAAGUAAGAGCUAAACACAAACGAAUUCAUUCUAGAGAGGAGCUUUGUGAUUUUGAUAAACCGUAUUCAUAUGAUAUUUGUGAGAAAAAAAUUUAUUCAUCGGAUUAG